ACCGAUACCGAUAGCACAAAGUGUCAAUCACGCCUCCUGUUAUCGCUUACCUGGGCUAAAAAGACGAAAUUAACAAAUAAAACAUAAAAAUAAGCCCUCUACUCUGAACCGCGCAACGUGGACUCCGGACACGAAUGGCCAGCCGCGGGGCCGGCGCCGCUGUGGUCCACACGACGGUGACAGCCACCUCGCUGACGGUGGAGACGAUCACCAAUGUGCUGACCACGGUGACUUCGCUCCACUCGAACAGCGUCAACAUCUCGAACAACAGCAACAACAGCGGUGGCGCCAGUGCAGUGGCCCCGGGGGCGGGCGCGGGCGAUGGGUCCGGUGAGGCGGCCGGGGGCGUGGCAGCGGCCCAGGCGGACGCCAGCAAGCCGAUCUAUCCGCGCCUCUUCAACCGCAUCGUGCUGACGCUGGAGAACAGCCUCAUUCCGGAGGGCAAGAUCGAUGUGACGCCGUCCAGCCAGGACGGGCUGGACCACGAGACGGAGAAGGACCUGCGCAUACUCGGCUGCGAGCUCAUCCAGACGGCGGGCAUCCUGCUGCGCCUGCCGCAGGUCGCCAUGGCCACCGGCCAGGUGCUCUUCCAGCGCUUCUUCUACUCGAAGAGCUUCGUGCGCCACAACAUGGAGACGGUGGCCAUGAGCUGCGUGUGCCUGGCCUCGAAGAUCGAGGAGGCACCGCGUCGCAUCCGGGACGUGAUCAAUGUGUUCCACCACAUCAAGCAAGUGCGGGCGCAAAAGGAGAUCUCGCCCAUGGUGCUGGACCCGUACUACACGAACCUCAAGAUGCAGGUGAUCAAGGCCGAACGCCGCGUCCUCAAGGAACUGGGCUUCUGCGUGCACGUAAAGCACCCGCACAAGCUGAUCGUGAUGUAUCUGCAGGUGCUGCAGUACGAGAAGCACGAGAAGCUGAUGCAGCUCUCCUGGAACUUCAUGAACGACUCGCUGCGAACGGACGUCUUCAUGCGCUACACGCCGGAGGCCAUUGCCUGCGCCUGCAUCUACCUGAGUGCCCGCAAGCUGAACAUACCGCUGCCCAGUAGUCCGCCGUGGUUCGGCAUCUUCCGCGUGCCGAUGGCGGACAUUACGGAUAUCUGCUACCGGGUGAUGGAGCUGUACACGCGCUCCAAGCCGGUGGUGGAGAAGCUGGAGGCCGCCGUGGAUGAGCUGAAGAAGCGGUACAUUGAUGCGCGGAACAAGACGAAGGAGGCCAACACACCGCCGGCUGUGAUCACCGUGGAUCGCAACAAUGGCUCGCACAAUGCUUGGGGCGGCUUCAUCCAGCGGGCGAUUCCGCUGCCCUUGCCAUCGGAGAAGUCGCCGGAGAAGGAUUCUAGGUCGCGUUCGCGCUCUCGGACGCGCACUCAGUCGCGAACACCGCGCUCCCGCUCGCCGAGGUCCAGGUCGCCGAGUCGCGAGCGCACCAAGAAGUCCCACCGCAGCCGAUCCUCCCGCUCGCGCUCUCGGUCGCCGCCGAAACACAAGAAGAAGUCGCGCCACUACUCGCGGUCGCCCACUCGCUCCAGUUCGCCGCACAGCAAGCACAGGAAGACGAAAUCCUCGAGAGAACGCUCCGACUACUACUCCAAGAAGGACCGAUCGGGGAACGCCGGCAGCAGCAACAAUGUAAGUGAUGGCGACAAGUAUCGCAACUCCGGCUCGAAUUCCAGCAAGCACAGUCGCUACUCCUCCUCGCAUCGCAACAGCGGUGGCGGGGGAGACGGCCGGGGCGGAGGAGGUGGUGGCGGCGGAGGCGGAAACCACGGCAGCCGAGGUGGCCACAAGCACCGGGAUGGCGAUCGCUCCAGGGAUCGCAAGCGCUAGGGAUUGACAAACAAAACCACACACUCCUUUUCAUUUAAUUGCUUUGUAUUUUACAGAUUUACAGAAUAUUUCUACCGAUUAGUUCGAUUUAGUAAUUCUAAUAUAUAUUGUAAAAACGAACUCGGGUAAACAAUAAAUAUAGCUCCUCAAUCAA